GUUUUCCUCAUCUAUACUGUGUCAUAUGAUGUUUCCCCAACGUGUAGACAUGUAUACAUAUUAGAAUAGACCUAUUAUCUACAUCAGAAAAUGAUAUCUGUACACUUUGAAAGGAUAAUCCAAACAUAGGUAAGUUGGCGAUCAUUUAACAAAUAUGUUGUUUUUUUUUGUCUUCCUUCAUUGUCCUGUGAAUUGCCAAUUUUUUUUUAGUUGUAUGACGCUUUAGGACUAGCUAGUUGUUUUUAACACACUAUAUAUAAUGCAACAUUUCGUACUGUGCAGUACUGUGCCAGCCAGACAUUCUGGGCAUCUGUACAACUGACCAUAUAUCAAAACUCUUAUCAUUGCAGUGAAAAUUAAAAACUUGAAACUGUGACAAAGUAGCUCAAACUGAGAGGAAGUAUUAGAAGAGGAAGGGGACGGACAGAGGGGUGUACCACGGAGCCAUGGAGUUCAACAGCACAUCUCCAGACAUUUCAACCCGAGACCCUGGAACGGUCCCUGUGUACUAUGUACUCAUCCCCUUCACAGGGUUCACAGUGAUAGGGUGCGUGAUAGCACUGGUAAGAGUACACUUAUUUAUACGUCAUUUCAAAGUCUGGUGCAGAGAAACAUGUAUGUUAGUACAAGAGCUCAAUUCUAUAUAUAUAUUGUGUUCAAGGAUGAGCAUGAUGCGACAUGACUAGUAUCCACUGACUGUUCAAGGGAAUUUUGCCAUUUGUAAGACCACUGUUGGUUUUGUUUGGUAUGCUAUUCUGCCUCUGUAUCUUAUCACAUCAUAUCUUGUUCACCGAUACGUUCUGUUGUUCUUCAUUCUUCCAGGUCGUUUACAUACGAAGGAAAAUAAAGUGAGUUUGAUAACUGUCAGUUGUGAGCGAGCGAUGCCUAAAGUGGUGGCUAGUCUUGUUCUUCCUCUAUCAUGUGUUCAGUAACAUGAAAACAUGAUGUCCUCUGUAGCUCAGUUGAUAGAACAUGGCGCUUGCAACGUCAGGAUAGUGGGUUCGAUUCCUGGGACGAAAUAUAUGUAAAAAAAAAAAAAAAAGUAGAAAAAAAAAGGGAGAUAUUAUUAAUAAUACAUGAUGUUGUGACCAGACAGGACGGGCUUCGCCACAUGCUGAUUUCCCAGUACAGCUCUGAUCACAGUGAGGAAGACUAUCAAGACAGAGAUGAGGAUCAGGAAGAGAUGGUGAGAGACUUUACAGUAUUUAUUUAGUUUGUCCUAUUCAUGUUGCGGUUUCUUUGCAUUUAUAUAACAUACAUAUUCCGAUAUCAGCUCUAACACACUCCCCACACCAUGGGUUUGUAGAGCUCCAUCUAGUCACAUCUCUGUUGAUGUAAAAAUGGCUUAAUUUAUACUGUAGAUACGUUUGAUUAAAUUGUUUGAUUUGAUCUCAUCUUUUUUUUUCUUUUUUCUUUUUUUUUUUUUGGGGGGGGAUGUCAGGAGCCUCUCUAUAUGGAUGGAAAGCUGUCGUUCAACCAGGCACGUGCACAGAUAGGGCUCUAGGAGUCUCCAAGGGGUGCUGGAGCGCCUGCCCUUCUGCCCUCAUAGGCGAAAAGUGCCCUUUUGAUUGGUGACAGUUUAUAAACAAAUUGCUUUUGUUUUCUCUCUUUUCUCUCUUAUUGUGUACAUUUUAAAUGUAACAAAUUGCUCAUCAAACAAGCCCAUCCCCUGCCCUUCUGCAGGUUUCUUCUUGAGGAUUUCUGCAUGUCUGCCUGAAGGGAAUUCUUCUUGAGGAUUUCUGCAUGUCUGCCUGAAGGGACACAGAAACUAUAGACUGGCCUUCCCUUCCCUUCCUUUACACUUAUCAAAAAGAAGACUGGCUGCAUGUAUCCCAAUUCUCCGCCCUUCUCCCUAAGUGUGUACUUGCACACUUUCUCAAAUGGAUUUAAAAGGGGGCGAAGAAUCAGGAUGCAUCCGCUAUGCAUGUCAAGACUCAGAAGUUGGUUUACUUUCUGAAUUUAUUUUAAUGGAAAUGGAACUGACCCCAACCCUGAUGCGUGUGUCAUGUUGUGCGACUUAUUGCCGCGUUCAAAACAACCGGGAACACUGAAAAAUAUUAGGUCAAAUCAUGACGCCAGUGAUCUUCAGGUCGGAAAGUCGGAGCUCUAGAAAGAGGCCAGAGGUCCCGAGUUGGAAUUCCGAGUUGGAUGACCGUUCAAAGCGAUUGUUCCCAGUCGGAGCUCGUUUCUUUCCCAGUUCCCAGUUGUUUUGAAUGCGGCAUUAACCUUCACUUGACGCUACCAGUUCACCCUCAAGAAGAGGGGGGUGUAAGCAGUCUCUGUAUAGUAGAUAGUGCUGCAGUCACACAUUUGCCUUCAGUAUUAGAAACAUGAACAUGUUCAGAGACCCACUAAAAAAUGUAUAUUUUUGCACAAUAAACAAUAUCAUCAACUUUCAGUUGUAUUACUGGUUUGUUUCGUUAGAAUAAGUUUUAGAUGUUAUGAUUUUAAGACAGCUUAUUAUGUAAAUCCAACCAACAGAGAUGUUGAUCAUAGCCUGAGUGACACAGCUGACUCCACUUACUGAUCAACAGCCCAGUGGGUUGUGUUCAUUAGGCACCAAACGGUUGAAAAUUGAAUAGAAACAGGGCGGGACUAUCCAACCUGUCCAAUAAGGAACACUAAUUUCUGCUCCUCUUUGGAAAAAGUUUUUAAUUGGUUUCCGUUAUGUGCCCUAAUGAACACAACCCUGCUGGGCGUGCGGAUCUUCUUCAGGCCCGUCACACUCGGCCGAGAUGUCUUUUAUAAACACAGGUCCGGGGAUAAUGGCGUCACAGAGAAAACACAGGUGAACAACAGCUUCUGUACUCGCAUUACAAAUGCUCAGCAGUGUCUAAUUUUGAUGUUGUAAUGUCUGUUGAUUGUUCACCCUUUUGCUUCUGCUCAAACGUUUCAAACCACCUCGAAUGAAACAGUUGCCCAUAUUACACGCUGCUGCCAGACUAAUGGUUUUACCACACCUCUUUUGGUAUAUCUAUAAUAAACGUUGAUGACUAGGAAUAUGAGGAGUUUUGUAGAAAUGUCUUUACAAACAUUUCUACAGUAUAAAGAUUGUGCGUAAGACGUAUUGUGUGCGUCAUCCAGGUCGACCUCUCCCCAGCCCCUGGCUUCAGCAGCCUGCCUCUGUGUCUUCCUACUCCCAGGCCUAACUGUGGCAGCCAUGGGAUUUCCUAG